GCUCCAUGGAGUCCAGACUGACUGAUGGACUCAACAGAACUGCAGGUGUGGAGGUCAGACUGAGAUCCACAGAGACACAUCUGGACCAGAUUCAGAACCAGACUGCAGCUCUGGAGCUCAGACUGAGAGUCAGAGAGGAGCAGCUAGAGGAGCAGGAAACAGAGAACUCAGUUUGUGAAAGUAAACUAUCAGCUGUGACUGACAGACUGAACCAGACCCAGGAGCAGCUGCAGGUUCUGACAACACAGAGCUCAGUGGGAGCAGCUGAGCUGGUGUCAGUGUCAGACAGACUGGCUGCAGCUCAGAGGAACACUGAAGAGCUGCAGGUCAGACUUGGAGCCAGCGAGGCUGACAUGAUGAAGCUGAAGCUGGAGAAUGGAAGUAAAGGUGGGCUUAAAGUGGGAUUUUCAGCUGGUCUGACGGAUUYGGGGUUAGUCGGUCCUUUUGAUGAAGAAACAACCCUGAUCUUCUCCAAAACCAUCACCAACAUCGGCCAGAGCUACAACCAGUCUGCAGGUGUUUUCACAGCUCCUGUCAGAGGACUUUACUUCUUCAGCUUCACGGCUGCAGAUUACCUGAAGGGUUACAUGGGGCUGCACCUGUACAGGAACGACCAGCCAGUGGUCUUCAACCUGAACCUGAAYGACCACGGCGGCUACACCUCCACAUCCAACGCCGUAGUUCUGCAGCUGGACCAGGGAGACCAGGUCCGCCUCGGUCUGCCAGCCAGCUAUCGGCUCUACGACGACUCCAGAAACUUCAGCGUGUUUUCUGGCUUCCUGCUGUUCCCGCUCUGACAGGCAUCCCCCCCAAUAUGGGUACAUGUGAUGCUCCCGCCAAAUAAUAAACUAUCUUCAUAAA